CAAGCGACCAUCAUAUUUGCGACACAUAUUACUAUUUGGCUAUUUGCUCCUCCUUUUUUUGCUAUUAUUUUAAUGUCUUUUAAAUCUUUCUCUAAGAAAGAAAAGAAAAUUUUGUUCCGCACCAUUACCAUAACUACAACGAGAAGAGGAUCUUUUUAAGGAGAAAGCAGAGAGAGAGAGAGAGAGAAGAGACGAGAGAGUGUGAGUUUUGUCUUUUGUUUCUUUUAUUACACACAAAUAGAUGAAACGAGGAAAGCUACUCCUUUUGCUACUUCCAUAAAAAGGUCCUUCCUUUCGCAGAGAAUCAAGUUUGAUCAUCUUCUUCUCUCAUCGCCCUCCAUUAAUAAAUCAUAUAGUCUCUUCUAUCUAUAUAUCUAUACACAAUCGUGCUUCUUAGUUUCCUUUUGUGUUUGCCUUCUUCUUCUUCUUCUCCACAAGCUUCUUAAAUAGGUAUUCCUCUUUUAACCCUUUUGGCCGUCGGGAAAUUAAACAAGAAGUUAGAUAUGGUGAGGGGAAAAACUCAGAUGAAGCGAAUAGAGAAUGCAACAAGCAGACAAGUGACUUUCUCUAAGCGAAGGAAUGGUUUGUUGAAGAAAGCCUUUGAGCUCUCAGUGCUUUGUGAUGCUGAAGUUUCUCUGAUCAUCUUCUCUCCUAAGGGAAAACUUUAUGAAUUCGCCAGCUCCAAUAUGCAAGAUACGAUAGAUCGUUAUCUGAGGCAUACCAAGGAUCGAAUCAGCAGCAAACCGGUUUCUGAGGAAAAUAUGCAGCAUUUGAAACAUGAAGCAGCAAACAUGAUGAAGAAAAUCGAACAACUUGAAGCUUCCAAACGUAAACUCUUGGGAGAAGGCAUAGGAUCAUGCUCGAUUGAGGAGCUGCAGCAAAUUGAGCAACAACUUGAGAAAAGUGUCAAAUGCAUUCGAGCAAGAAAGACUCAAGUAUUUAAGGAACAAAUUGAGCAGCUCAAGCAAAAGGAGAAAGCUCUAGCUGCGGAAAACGAGAAGCUCACUGAAAAGUGGGGAUCUCAUGAAAUCGAAGUUUGGUCGAAUAAGAAUCAAGAAAGUGGAAGAGGUGACGAAGAGAGUAGUCCAAGUUCUGAAGUAGAGACACAAUUAUUCAUUGGGUUACCUUGUUCUACAAGAAAGUGAAGAAACUACUCUUCCAACAACCACAUCAAAAAAAAAAAAAAACUUAGUAAAAACAAGUUUAGCGGUGAGUGUAUAAGGACAUGUAACAAAACUCUAAAGCUGCUUCUCUUGCUGUCUUUUUUUCUCUCUCACUCUCUUCUUCACCAUGUUCUGUUAAAACUGAACUGCCUGUGUUAUGCAUCUAUGUUCUUACACUUGCCUCUGUAGAAUCGAAUUAUGUUUAUUGUUCAUUGUCAAUUUUGUUUUGAUGUAUCAA